UACGGUCAUACAAUACUUAAAUUUGUUUAUAUUUUGGAAAAGAACUGCCCAAAUGGCAAACCUUCAGUUAACUCAGGAAAAACUAGAUGCCCUACGCUCCGAAUACAGGCCACGCCGGCCGUGCGCCCUGCUGAAAUACCCGCGCCCCAAGACGAAGCCGGAGUACCAGGCGAUUUAUCCGUGGUUGCUGCCCGACGAAACGGAUCCGCACUUCGUGUUCUGCGCGGUGUGCGAGUGUAGACUCAGCUGCAAGAGAUCGGAUCUGGGCAAGCACGAGGGCAGCAUAAAGCACUCGGAAAAUGCGCAGAGGAAGGCCCUGCCGGCCAAGGCAAAUCAUCCCGAGGCGGAGGGAUCCGGUUCCGGCGCAAUGAAGUGGGAGUACAACGAGGACGAGGAGGGCCUGCUGCCGUACGGCACAGAUCCCCCCGAUGACGAAACAGAGGAGGAGGAGGGCGAACCGGACGAUGCCGAGGCGGAUUGUGAAGAAGGCGAGGAUGAUGAAGAUCAGGCUGAUGAACUGGAAACACUUAACGACUUUGAAACAGAACCCGCCUCCAAGCAGCAGCGCCGCAUCUCCGAGACGGACUCGCAUCACUCAGGCAUGCUGGAUUAUCUGCCCCUCCACGUGACCAUCAACGAGUUGCCCUCGAGUGUUACGCCCGCUGCGUCCUCCUAUCCCACAUCAUCCUCUGCGGCAGCACCAGCAGCUCCGCCCUGCAGGAUCACCAUUAAGAAAGUGCCCGCGCCCACCACUCCACCCAAUGCAGUGUGUCAGGGACAGGAGAUCAGCUCCAAGGCCACCAUCACGCCCAUCCACACCACGCCCUCCUACGCCGCUCGCCAGCUGCAAUCCUACCAGCUGCAGCCGGUGUCACCCAUAACGCCGCCUCGGGAUUCCCUGGAGUUAUUCUUCGACAGCAUCUGCGCCACCGUCAAAAAUCUGCCGCCCAAGCUGGCCACCGAGGGCAAGAUCCGGGUGAUGCAGCUCAUCGGGGAGCUGGAGCUGCGUGCCCUCGGCGAACAGGAGGCGUCUGCUCAGCCCGCCGGACAUCAGGCUAUCGAUCUCGCCGGCAGCUCAGCAUCCGGAGCAGCGGAAGCACCGGGCAGUGGGCAGCAGAACGCCACGGUGGCCUCAACCACGAAGUAAACUCAAACGGAAUCGUAAAGCGGCUCUCAGCCGGGCUCACGUUACAAACAAGAAUAUCUGGUGGCUUCAUUUUUGAAUUUGUUAACUGAUUUUCUUUAAUAAAUUUAUUUAUUAGUUGUUGUA